GGCUGAAUGUCGACAGUUGGGUUGCCUACAGCCAGGCAAUAAUAAUAUUUGAUACAGCUUUCCAAAUUCAUCAUUUGAGUAACUUCCCCCCGCAUCGUGUCUUCCUCGGCUUUAUGGAAUACGAAUUAUAGAAAGGGGAUAACAGUAUGCGAAAAAAAUUAAAUGUGAUAAAAAUUAAGUAUCGAUAAUGGUACCCAGCUGAUAUAUUUGUGCAGCUACAAAGUGUACAGCGAUCGCGAAGACAUCUGUUAUCAAUUGUUAAAAAAUUCAAGUGUAAAGAACAACACGCACUAAGAAAUAUAUAAUAAAUCGAUAGUCAAUUCAGCUAAGGCCCUUGACAACGUUUUUUGUCAAUUGGUUUCUUUGAACUGCACUCAAAACGAUUCGAGUGGGCGAAAUAUACAAGGAAAUGGUAGACAUAACGUGACAACAACGGCUGUGUGGAUCACUUUAAUUCCACUUCGAUUACCAACUAAUACGUAAAACCAUCAUCUCACGAUGCCGAUCGAUCGCAGCGACCUUUAAAUUAAUCCGAUAUCCCAAGAAUGCGCCUGUACCAACACUUGAAACAGAAGGACCUGGAGGUGGGUACGGGCAACCUUACGCUGUCAACAGUAAUCGAGUGACCUUGAAUCGAGGAAUAAGGCUGUCCGAAGAUAAAGUGAAAUAAGGGAGGAUUGAUAGUAUGACGGUGAUGCUGCUGCAACGCUCCGCGACGCCGCAAUCAACGCACAGCCAGAAUAACAACAAUAACAAUAGCACCAAACCACCGUUUUUAUUCCUUUUAGAACAAGGCGCAGCAGAGCAAAGAAAUAACAUAAACAACAAUAAUAAAAGUGCGACGAUUAACCGCAACAACAGUGUAGUCAUCGGCAACUUAACAGCUGCCUCGUCACAAAAUAGAAACAUCGGGGGCGGUGACUUGGGAGGCAGCAUCGGUGUUGCAGGUGGUCAAAUUCCAGGCGAGGACAUCGCGAUGCGAUAUUAUCGACUCUGGAUCUAUGCCUGCAAUGUUGUCCUCCUAGGAAGUGCUCUCGGCUUUGUUGCCGCCGGUGCACGAACCCUUAUCUUUUCUGGAGAUACAAGACGCCGCCUAGUCCCUGGUGUACCAGGCCUCUUUGACCCGACCACCCUCUACGCUGUGCUUGCACUCGUGGCACAAUUGGGUCUUGUGCAAUUGCUCGGUUGCGUGGCAGCCCGAAGACUGAGUGCCCGUCUCUUAAACGCCUACUGGCUCUUGCUCCUUGCUCUUUUGUUUGGCGACGCUGUUGUGGGAGUCGCCUGGGUCUUCCGUUUUGAGAAAAUGAGGGCUGAGCUGCGACCAACUCUUAGACUUCGACUGCAGACAGAAUAUGGAAAGGAAACACGAUUCAGCGAGCAAUGGGACAGACUUCAGAGAGAAUUUGGUUGUUGCGGUGUCACUGGACCAAGAGAUUUCACAUCGCGAUGGCCGCAGAGUUGUUGUUUUGCAAUCGCAAACAUGAGUGACACUUGUCAGCAGCCUUAUUCAAAAGGAUGCGACGAAUCAUUACUUCGCUGGCUAAGAAGAACUGCUGAUUUACUGUUCGUACUUGGAUUCUGUGUCAUUGCCUUUACCAAGCUUUGCUUUCUUGGCAUUUUGCGAUAUGAAAUUCGCGAAAUGAUACAGAAGAUACGACUACUUCGUGAACCUCCACCGCCUCCAACACCGUUCGCACAACCUCUAGCUCAAAUUGUUCCUGAUCCAACUAACAAUAAUGGAAGUAUUCUACGCCGCACAACUUUGCAACCAACUACUGCUAGCUCUGGAAACGCAACGCUGUUGUUACAGCCUGACGAAUGUGGAGGUGGAAGACAUCCCCUACUGGCGCAUGCUCUGCAAGAUGGGGGUGCGGAUAGUGAUACAAAUAGCCAUUGUGCUCUGAUACUUGAAGAAACAAAUCCUUCACCUGCGAACCACAACUGCACAUCAAAAGAAAAAAGCAACGGAAAUAACAAUUAUGAAAUGCGAGAAUUUAAUAGAAGAUUAUUGUUUUCCAAUGGAAACAGCCAGGUGCUGGGCGUAGGAGGCACGGUACAAAAUAGACACACCUGACUAUGGAGAUGGUGGCGACACACCUGGCACCAUUUUCUACGAAGCAACAACAGACAACCCUCCCAAGUACUGUUAUAUAAGUAAAAUUGACAUAAUGUUUUUAAUCUGCCAAUAAGCUCGCAUGGGCUCAAGAACAGUGUUAUGUGUUGAUUUAGAAAAGUACGUAGGCACAGAACAAAACAGAAAACUAGUGCUACUGAUUGUGAGCAAAACUUGACGAAUAAGUGUGCAAAUUAGACCCGUAACAUGUGAAACGCAGGUGAGUAGCUUUAAUAACUUUAAGGCAUAAAUAUCCAACCCAUAUAUAGGUGUCUGUUGACUAAGAAUAUAAUCUGUCGCUCACCGAAAUGAUCAGUACUUUAUUUAAGUAACAUAAAAUUUCAUCGUUGGAUAUUCGUAGAUGUUGAAUUUUAAAGGAUGGAUGCAACUGGGUUGCGCUAUUCGUCGAAAUAUCAAAAUUAUGUUGUCUUUAGCACGAGUAUUCUGCGUUGAUUCGUGUUAUAGAGCAUAAGGUUAAAAUCACAAAACAAAAAAAAAAAAAAAAAUUAAAAAAUAACAAAAAUGAUUGGCUUCCUAGUUAGGAUUAAUUAAAAUUUUAUGAUCAUCGAAUCGCAAAUGCCAAGGCGAUGGAUUCGUUCAUCUGUAGGCUGUAUAUAAUAUGAUAAACAUUAGGUAGUACUGCAAUCAAACUGCUUAUUUUUGAGAAACGCCACAGGUAUUGAUUGAGCUUGUGAUUUAAUAGAUAUUUUAAUAGAAUUCGAUACGCAUAUUGUGUUGCAAAGAGAAUGCAUAAGAGAAACUGCGUCAAUCAGUAAAUGUUCCAUUGAUUAUAGUUAGCUGAUGUAUGUGUUGUAAUCAUGCUAAAGAGACACAAUUAGUAUGACAGCCAAAAUUCAAUCGCAAUAUUUUUACUGUUUUACGAAAUAGGUUUUAUCAUGAAUAAGCGAUUGAAUUAUUGUUAAAUGUAAUAUGAUCAUACAAAUGUCAAAGCUUAAACCUCGCUAAAACACCGCCUCUGCAGUUGCCUGUAUAAAGUACAAUUAUUGUUUUAUGAUUUCACACUAACUAAUUAGAAGGCUGCAGCAUUGUCAAAAACAUGAAACAAAAAAAAAAAAAAAAAAACCGCCCAAACCAAAAGACACGCUACAUAAGAAUCACACUAGACUAUUGUACUGGCCAAAACGCAAAGCAAGGCUAGCGUAAGACACUAAAAGUUUUAUAGAAUUUUAUAUUCAGUCAUAUCAUUGAUAUUAUUUGUAUAUCUUAUCUUAGGAGGUAUUAUUAUAUGAAUCUCCUCUGAUUCAUAUUUAUAUCUAACCACUCAAGUUUUAUUUUCGAUAAGUUACCGAAAAUCUCAAUUUUUAUUAAACCUAACGCAGCAGAAAUUUCUCAUAAAACUGCAAAACAUUAAAGGUCAUAGCUCAAACGAAGGAACUUUUUUCGAAUACAUACGACUAUUUUUGCUCAGAUGAAAUAAAAUUAAUUCCAGUCGUGAAUUACAACAGUCGCUAUUUUAACAAUAAGCACAAAAUUUACGUAUAGUAAAAAACAAUAAUACUUUUUGUAGCUUAAAACUUCCAGCUUUGCUCACUUGAUACACAGCUAAUGCCUAAUUGGAAACAAACGUAGGAGUAUAGCUGAGCAAUAUGACGCCAAAAACUGAACUCUCAGUAAAUCAUUCAAAGUAAAUUCUCACAAACUGUAAAGCUUUCGUUUUGUUACAUUGAGUUAAUAUAGUACAAACAGUAGACGAAAUACGUCAUUUAGAAGUAAAUACAGUCCAGUUAGAGUAAUACAUUUGCUACGAUCAAGUGUCAGAGUGUCAUAUUUUCAUUCCCAAUACAUAGGUCGCAUUAUCAAAACUAUGGGUUGAAAUAUUCAAUAACUGAAAGACAACUGAUUUGUAUCACUAAUACGCAAUAAUCAAAAAAAGAAAACAAGAAAGGAAGAGAAGUGAAAGCAGAGAAAAAAAUUUGGUAGUCAAUACCUUCGAAGCAGCAGGUCCUUUGUAGGUAAGAAUUAGAAAGGAUCACGAGAAGAGAGCGAUACAUAAAGAUAUAGAGAGAGAAAAGAGAGAGAGAGAGCUUUAAAUAGUGCCUGCUUUGAGUUUAACACCGAUAACUAUAAAAUUACUAGAUACUGUAUUUAUCUACUAAACGCAAUAGAGAAUACAGCAGAGUUAUUGUUAGGGAAAGAAAGUAUAUAAAAACGGUGUGUAAAAUUAAAUCACUCCAAAUAUCUGAAUGCGUAGUCUGCUAUUAAUUAUUUUAUUUGUGAUAUAAUCAAUAUUUGAGAACUUAGAUUUUAUGCGGGUUGUCUGCACAAAAUAAUAAUUACGCGCAAAUCAUUAUCUAGCUAUUACCAAAUAUUGUAUUUAUCAUAGCUAGUUGAUUUAUUAAUUUGUUUUAUUCUACUCAUUUUUCAGCAUGAACCUUCAGCAUUAAUGUAAGAUGUACCAAAAUAAUUAUGAAUCAUUUCAUAUAAAAUGGACUGAGAAGUAUAUGCUCAGGUUAUUCGAUACUA